GACGAAAGCUGGUAUUUCAACUUUCUGUUGUUCGGAAAUGGUUUUUCGGUCCUGUAGACUUAUUUUAAGGUUGCGCACUGUCUACAAACCGCGUGCUUGCUUUUCAAGUGGAAAAAGACAUAUUUUACCAGUUGUUACACAGAGGUCUGUCAUUUACAGGUGAGUGCCCUGAAAUAAAGUAAGUAAUCUUAAAAGGCCAAUCAUCCUAACAAAUCAUGAUUUGCCUUUGUUGUCUUUCAAACGUUUCAUGUCUUAUCCCCCUCAUCUUGUAGUUAAACUUCCCAACCUGUCUCCUACUAUGGAGACAGGUACGGUUGUAAGCUGGGCAAAGAACGAAGGCGAUGAAGUUUCAGAAGGUGACCUACUUGCUGAAAUUGAAACGGACAAAGCAACUAUGUCAUUCGAUGCCAAUGAGUCAGGAUAUCUUGCGAAAAUCCUGGCCCCUGCUGGAAGCAAAGAUAUACCUGUCGGAACAGCUCUAUGUAUCAUAGUUCAAGACGAGAGUGCAGUUCCGGCUUUUAAGGAUUAUGUGACUGGAUCAACAGAACAAGUUUCUACUCCGAAAACUGAAGAAGUACCCAAACCUCAGGUUACUCCUGCUGCUGCUCCCCAGCCCUCACCAGCUACACCUAAACCUAUUGCUCCUACUCCCAAAGCACCAGCAACCGGAGAAAGGACUGUUGCUUCACCGUUUGCUCGUCGUUUGGCUGCUGAACAAGGACUUGAUUUGUCAAAUGUAGUUGGCACCGGAAUGUACGGCAUGAUUCGUUCGACUGACUUAAAUCUUGAAUCUAUCGAUCAAAAAGCUAGCACAAUGACUAGUCCAAUUUUAAAUUAUGGAAAAUUCGAGGAUAUUAGUGUUAGCAACAUGCGAUCAGUAAUUGCUAAACGAUUGACUGAAUCAAAACGAACUAUUCCACAUUAUUAUUUAACAAUGGAUAUUCAAGUAGAUGAAAUUUUAGAAAUACGCUCUAAAAUUAAUUCAAGUUUAUCUAAUUUAAACGAUUCAAAAUCUGAUGAACCUGUAUCAAAAAUAAGUUUAAAUGAUAUUCUUAUAAAAGCAGCUUCAUUAACAUGUUUAAAAGUACCUGAAUGUAAUUCGUCAUGGCAUGGUGAUUUUAUUCGAAAAUACCAUAGUGUCGAUGUAAGUGUAGCUGUGGCUAUUCCUUCUGGAUUAAUCACACCAAUAAUAUUUUCUGCAGAUACAAAGGGUUUAGUACAAAUCAAUAAAGAAAUGCGAAUGUUAGUUACUAAAGCGAAACAGAAUAAAUUAAAACCUCAAGAAUAUCAGGGUGGAACAUUUUCAAUUUCUAAUUUGGGAAUGUUUGGAAUUACUAAUUUCUGUGCUAUCAUUAAUCCACCUCAAGCAUGUAUUCUUACUGUAGGUAGUACAAGACCGAAAAUUUUACCAGAUAAUAAAAAUUCUAAAGGAUUUAAAGAAGCGAAUAUUUUAUCCGUAACAUUAUGCUGUGAUCAUCGUGUUGUUGAUGGAGCAGUUGGAGCUCAUUGGCUUAGUGAAUUUAAAAAGAUUUUAGAGAAUCCAGCACUUUUUCUUAUUUAAUUAAAUUUUUUGUUUGUUAAUAUAUACUCCUAAUGGGAUGUAUUGUUCGUCUUCUUUACACUGUUCUCUAUAUUCACUCAAUAGAAUAUUUAGUGUAGCAUAACAACAAGUAUAUGAAUAGAUAUACACCCACCCUGCAUCCCACCCCAUCCCACUUAUCCACACACACUUGAAGAUCAUUGAAAUAUCUGGAUUAGGUGUAAGAUGUAAGUUUUAAAAAAACAAGUUUAUUACGACAUUAGUUAUGGUAUCUCUUGAUAAUUAAUAAUAUUAAUAAUAAUUAUUAUUAUUUCUUCUUGUUGCUAGGAUUGUCCAGUUAAUGUAUCUUUCCUUACUACUCUGUUUUUUUUGUUGUUCAUUUUGAAAUGUAACCUUACACUAUAGUUAUUUAUACAGGGUGUUAUCACAUUUUCUAUUAUGUGAGUAUAUAUGUGUGUGUAUACAAUGGUGGUGUAUUUCUUUCCUUUUUGUUUUGUAGCUAUGUAAAUAAAGGUAGACAUGUUUGUAUUGC